UCCCCGCCGCCAGAGGGCGAGCGGCAGCGGGGCUCAGGGAGCUGCCACCUCCCAGCCCUGGGGACCUGGGCGUCCUCUCGGAAGGGGGGUGGAGGAGACGGUAAAUCAGUAACCCGCAGCGCACACAGGGCCUUUUGUCCCGCUCCGUCCAAAGAGCACCCUGGCGGUGGAGCUGGUUACUCAUUGCCCACCCGGGCGGGGGCGGGCCGGCUGUCUCUGCAGCUCCCCCUCUGGACCUGCCGACUCGCACCUCCCCCCAGGGUGGCCGGGUAGGGGUGGAGGAAGAAGAGCGCGCUGGUCCCUCGGCUGCUGGACCGUCUGCGCGCCCCGAGUAGAGAUGAGAAAGCUGAGGAUCCCAGAGGAAGGCAGUUGAUGGUAAGCCCGGCCUGGGUCCCUGUGAGCAGCAGGAAGGAUAUGUGGCUGCUGUUGGCCCUGCUGGGGGUCCUGGUGGAGGUGCCUGGGGCUCCAGCUUUGUCUCUUGAAGCCUCUGAGGAAAUGGAGCUAGAGCCCUGCCUGGCCCCCAGCCCGGAGCAGCAAGAGCAGGAGCUGACCGUGGCCCUCGGGCAGCCCGUGCGGCUAUGCUGUGGGCGGGCUGAGCGUGGUGGCCACUGGUACAAGGAGGGCAGUCGCCUACCACCUGCUGGCCGGGUACGAGGCUGGAGGAGCCGCUUGGAGAUCGCCAGCUUCCUACCGGAGGACGCCGGCUGCUACCUCUGCCUGGCACGAGGCUCCAUGCUUGUCCUGCACAAUGUUACCUUGGUUGUGGAUGACUCCUCGACCUCCAGCAAUGGUAAUGAGGACCCUAAGGCCCAUGGGGGCCCCUUGAACGGGCAUAUUUACCCCCAGCAAGCUCCCUACUGGACACACCCUCAGCGCAUGGAGAAGAAACUGCACGCAGUGCCUGCUGGGAACACGGUCAAGUUCCGCUGUCCAGCUGCAGGCAACCCCACACCCACCAUCCGCUGGCUCAAGGACGGACAGGACUUCCACGGGGAGCAUCGCAUCGGAGGCAUUCGGCUGCGCCACCAGCACUGGAGCCUGGUGAUGGAAAGCGUGGUGCCCUCGGACCGUGGCACAUACACUUGCCUCGUGGAGAACUCGAUGGGCAGCCUCCGCUAUAGCUAUCUGCUGGACGUGCUGGAGCGGUCCCCGCACCGGCCCAUCCUGCAGGCGGGGCUCCCGGCCAACACAACAGCUGUGGCAGGCAGCGAUGUGGAGCUGCUGUGUAAGGUGUACAGCGACGCCCAGCCCCACAUCCAGUGGCUGAAGCACAUCGUCAUCAACGGCAGCAGUUUCGGGGCCGACGGCUUCCCCUACGUGCAAGUCCUGAAGACAGCAGACAUCAAUAGCUCAGAGGUGGAGGUCCUGUACCUUCGGAACGUGUCAGCUGAGGAUGCGGGCGAAUACACCUGCCUGGCGGGCAACUCCAUUGGCCUCUCCUACCAGUCCGCCUGGCUCACAGUGCUGCCAGAGGAGGACCUCACAUGGACAGCAGCAGCGCCUGAGGCCAGGUACACGGACAUCAUUCUGUACGUGUCCGGCUCUCUGGCUUUGGUUGUCCUCCUGCUGCUAGCUGGGCUGUACCGAGGGCAGGUUCUCAUCAGCCAGCACCCCAGGCAGCCCACCACUGUGCAGAAGUUGUCCCGCUUCCCUCUGGCCCGACAGUUCUCACUGGAGUCUGGUUCUUCGGCCAAGUCAAGCUCCUCCUUGGUGCGGGGUGUCCGUCUGUCCUCCAGUGGCCCUCCCUUGCUCGCUGGCCUUGUGAGUCUAGACCUACCUCUCGACCCACUGUGGGAGUUCCCCCGGGACAGGCUGGUGCUCGGGAAGCCGCUGGGUGAGGGCUGCUUCGGGCAGGUGGUGCGUGCGGAGGCCUUUGGCAUGGACCCCGCCCGGCCUGACCAAGCCAGCACCGUGGCUGUCAAGAUGCUCAAGGACAAUGCCUCCGACAAGGACUUGGCAGACCUGGUCUCUGAGAUGGAGGUGAUGAAGCUGAUUGGCCGACACAAGAACAUUAUCAAUCUGCUGGGCGUCUGUACUCAGGAAGGGCCCCUGUAUGUGAUUGUGGAGUGUGCCGCCAAGGGAAACCUGCGGGAGUUCCUGCGGGCCCGGCGGCCCCCAGGCCCUGACCUCAGCCCUGACGGGCCGAGGAGCAGUGAGGGGCCGCUUUCCUUCCCUGCCCUGGUGUCCUGCGCCUACCAGGUGGCCCGAGGCAUGCAGUAUCUAGAGUCGAGGAAGUGCAUCCACCGGGACCUGGCUGCCCGAAACGUACUGGUGACAGAGGACAAUGCGAUGAAGAUCGCCGACUUCGGGCUGGCCCGCGGCAUCCACCACAUUGACUACUACAAGAAAACCAGCAAUGGCCGCCUGCCUGUCAAGUGGAUGGCACCUGAGGCCUUAUUUGACCGAGUCUACACACAUCAGAGUGACGUGUGGUCGUUCGGGAUCCUGCUGUGGGAGAUCUUCACCCUCGGGGGCUCCCCGUACCCCGGCAUCCCCGUGGAGGAGCUAUUCUCACUGCUGCGGGAGGGGCAUCGGAUGGACCGGCCCCCGAACUGCCCCCCAGAGCUGUACGGGCUGAUGCGGGAGUGCUGGCACGCAGCACCCUCUCAGAGGCCUACGUUCAAGCAGCUGGUGGAGGCACUGGACAAGGUCCUGCUGGCCGUCUCCGAGGAGUACCUAGACCUCCGCCUGACCUUCGGACCCUACUCCCCUGCCGGCGGGGACGCCAGCAGCUGCUCCUCCAAUGACUCUGUCUUCUGCCACGACCCCCUGCCCCUGGGGCCCAGCUCCUUCUCCUUCCCGGGGGCGGAGACAUGAGCAGGGCCACGAGGUGGUGUAGUCAGGCGGCCGCCUUCAGCCUCCCGGCUGAGCUGCACCCUGGCAGUGCUUGGCCUUGGCAGCCUCAGGCCCCAACUGCAGGGUACUGUCCCAGAUCUCUAGUUCUGCUUUGGGGAGGUCCGUUCUUGUUCCUGGGGUCCGUAGAUGAGGCUUCCUGUUCUGGCCUGGGUUCCCAAGCCAGACUUCAACCCCAGUCUUAAGGCCCUGCCCUUGCCUUUAGAGUCAUGGCCCCAGUGUUCUAAUGGCCUGAGUGUUAGGGUUCUGCUUGGCCUCCAGGGCCUUAGCACUCAGUCCUUGAUCCAGGGCUUUGGCUGGACCUAGCUGUUGAGCUGUCCUAAACCUCCCUGCUUCCUUGCACCAAGAGAGGUCUUGGGCCUCUAAACCCCAUUUCCCCCGGUGUCCCCUGCCUCCCCUUUGCUGGUUGUCCCAGCAUCUUGUGGAAAGAGCAUUGGUACCUGUGCUCCUAGCUGAGCAGCUGGAAGCCUGCCGAAAACACAGAAGCAA